CGACAAGUCGCGAAUCGGCUCGCACGACUGGACAUGAGCUCGCAUGUGACGCCGUCGGCGGAGGCAGAUGGCGUUGUUGCCGUCGACCGCACCGAGGACAUUUCACCGCCAUCGGCGUCUCCAGCGCCUGUGACGGCGGCACUGGACGUGACGCACAAGGUGUACUGCCAAGGCGAGAGCUGCAAAACGCAGUGGCACCCAGUCGCUCUGGACCCGACAAAAGCUUUGCACGUCAAGGGCUCGUCCAAGUCCUACUGCGCCAGCUGCUUCAGCAAGCUUCCGGGCAAGCCAGAGCCCUCCCCGGUCCGCCGAGCGUCCGCCGUGUCUUCGUUCAUGUACCCGAACCGCGACGUCAAGUUGCACAAGUAUGCGAAUAUCAUCAAGGACUCGCGCGACCACGUCGGCUUUCUCAGCGUCAUUGUCAUCUUUUGGCCGCUCACGUGGGGUUACUUUGCCAUCAAGCUUCGUAAGCUACCGUUGCCAGCGCCAUCGUACGCGCCAGGCGCACGCGAUCGAUUGCAUUGGGUCAUGGCUGCCGUCUCGCACCUCCAGUGCGCUUGCUGCUGCGCGUACAUCUGGUUCAUCUAUGUGGCUAUCGUUCAAAGCUGCUACUACGGAGCUCAAGCGUGGUUCUGGGCACUUCUCGAAGUCUACACCAUCUAUUUUCUACUUCUCAACAUCAUUUACGUGGCUUCGCCCAUAAUUCCCUCCGCCCACGAGCCCAACAUGCGUCCUUCACCAAAUGCGGAUCCGCUCAAAGCGACGAUCAACCACAAGUCAUUUGCAUCGGGCGCGUUGAUGCAUCGCGAAAAUGCUCUUCUUGUUCGCCUGCUGCAAGCUGUCGUGCUCACGAUCGUGCCCAUCUGCGGCGUCGGCUACGUCGAGCACCUCUUUGCCUCCUUGCCCAAUACGUAUUUGGUUGCCAAGGCCGGGAACGAUGUCGACGCGCUCAUCUUUACAGAUGCCGACGGUCAGCCGCUGCCGGAAAACCCUGCACCCGGCGUGUUUGCUGCUCGGGUCAACGGCCACUGGCUUUUGCGAGCCUACCAAGUGGGGCUCUUUGUGGUCAUUCACCUCGCCGUUGCCUUGAACGUUUGGCUCAUGCUGUCGUGGGUCACGCACGCGUGGCCGUCGCAGCGCUUCUUCAUCCCGCUGGACGCGUUGAUCCAGCUGCCCUCCAACGUCCACUACACCGUAUCUGGUACGAUGACUGAUAUCUGUCACCCAACCGACGACGGAGCGUUCCUCGCUGUGUGGAACUUGGUCAUCAAACCAACGCCAAGUGUCACGAACGGGCUUCCGACGCUCUUACUGGCGUUCGUAUCUCCGACCCAAGAGCCCGUCUAUUUCACGGACCUUGCCGUCGGGACGCUUCGGCUCGUGGCGCAAGACUUGUAUUCCAUGUCGGUACGUCCAGCCAUCAACCAGCACGACGUGACGCUGCGUGCGUCAUUCCGCAACGUCUCGACCUGCAGUGACAUGGCCGCGCUGCGAGUGAAUGCAACAACGUCGUACACGGAACUGUCACUUCGGGACCGUUUGGCGGACGCACCGCACGGGCUGGCACCGCUGCCAAUGUUUUUUCUGGUGAAAUACUGCUUUCAAAUGUAUGUGGUCGCCGGCAUUGUCGGGUACUCGUCGCUACAGAUUUUGGCGCUCUGGCUCCAAUUCGACUCGCUUACACGGCCACCCGACGACGACGACAACGCAGCUCGCCCGACCAAGAAAACAAAGUCGCAAAAGAAACACCAUGUGGAUCUGACGCUGCACCAGAAUCUGAAUGUCUGGUACAAAUUGCGCUGCCGUGUGCUUAAGGUCGUUGCUGUCUACACGCAGUUUGUGUCGGCGCUCAUGUCGAUUGCGCUCGUUCAACUUGCGGUUGCGGUCACGGGUCUCGUCAUCUACUGCGUCAGCGGUGUCGCACCACUACCUGGCUACUAUCUGCUGAUUUUGACGCUGCUGGGGUCGCUCUCGAUGCUCGCCUUUUUGUUGCCAUUGGCCAAAGCGCUCGACAUUCAAGCCAAUCACGAGUCGAUGCUCCACGCCUUGCUCUUGCGACUGCACUCGGAGCGCGACAAGCGAGAGACCGAAGACCGACUAGCUCUUGUUUCGUGCUUGACGCGGCUCAUCGAAAAGGUCGGGUACAACGACGACCGGAUUUGUUUUUGGGGCGUCGAGCUCUCAACUGCACGGCUAUUUGGGCUCGCAUUCUCGAUCGGGUCGGGCUUAUCAGUGGUCUUUUCGCGCAAGGUAGGCCACAGCUGGUCGGAUCCCCUGCAUGACACGUAAUGUAACAAAAACAAUUACAGUGUAUAUAACUAUUUGAUAAUGGCGCCCAUUUGCACGAAAA